AUGUUAUAUCCAUUAUGGUAUUUAUGCUUAUAUUUAUUUUACAUUAGAAAAUUAAUUGGUACCAUUGAAUAUGCUACAUUACAUUGUUUAAAUACAAAAUUUAUUAUAAUUAUUGAUGAAGAUUUUAUUGUAAAUCCUAUUCAUUUAAUUAAAUUAUUAUUAAAUAUUAAUCAUAUAGACUAUUUAACAUAUAUUAGUGGUCAUGUAAUUAAGAAUGGUAUACCAUUUCGUGAAAUCAAUAGUAAAUGGUAUAUAUCAAAAUUCAUUUAUCCAUUUGAUUAUUAUCCAAAUUAUCCACUUGGUGGUACAAUUAUCAUUAGUAGAUCAUUAAUUAAUCAAUUAAAUCAAUUAUUAUAUUCUAUUGAAUUAUUUCCAUUUAAUGAUGUAUUAAUUGGUAUUGUAUUAGAUAAAUUAAAUAUAUCAAUUAUACAUAUAGAAAAUAUAUUAUUUUCAAAGAAUAUUAUUGAUUUUAGACAAAAAUUUGUUACAGCACAUUUUAAAGGAACUUCAUAUUUACUAAUUAAUUUAUGGAAAUCAUUACGAUUGGAUAAGUUAUGUUAA